UAUAUACAUAUAUAUAUGUUCAUGACUUCAUGUGACACUCCAUACAAGUAUAACUGCAUAACUAGUACUCAAACCAAAAUCAAAACUAAGUAUUGUAAUUGUUAAGGAGUACGUAGAAAUAUUAUUAGCCGAGAGAAAAAUGCCGAUCAAUGAAUUAGUACUAGGAAUAAAUGUUACCAAGGAUGCUGAACUCCUCCAAGGCCAGGCCGAGGUGCACAAGACCAUCUUCGCCUAUAUAGAUAGCCUAGUGCUAAGAUCUGCUGUAGAGCUUCGCAUCGCCGAUAUCAUUUACUCGCAUGGCCAAGCAAUGAGCUUAUCUCAAAUAGCCUUAAAAAUAGACUCUCCUUCCCUUGAUAUAAUGUGUCUUGAGCGUAUCAUGCGUAUGCUAGUUCGAAAUAAAAUCUUCACCGCUCAUUGCAAUGAACAACCAUCAGGAGAAACCUUAACCUUGUAUGGUCUAACCACAACCUCUAAGUGGCUUUUGCAUGAUCAAGAGCUUAGCCUAGCUCCUACGAUUCUAACCUUCACCGACUUUCGAUCAGAAACAGCGUACGAGAUUAGUCGUUCGAUCAAAGAAGGUGGGAUCCCUUUUGUUAAGGCUCAUGGAGAGUCUAUUUGGGAAAUGGCAUCUAACCACCCUGAGUUUAAUAGCAUGUUUAAUAGUGGUAUGGCUGCUAUAACUAGAACUGUAAUAGAUGCUGUUAUCAAAGGGUAUAAGGAUGGGUUUAGUAAGUUGGAAGGCAGUGUUGUUGAUAUUGGGGGUGGCACUGGAAAGUUGGUGGCUAACAUUGUUAAAGAAUACCCUCAUCUUAAGGGUAUUAAUUUUGAUUUGCCUCAUGUUGUUGAAAAUGCUCCUUUACAUUAUGGGGUUACUCAUGUUGGUGGUGACAUGUUUAAGGAGAUUCCUUCUGCUAACAAUAUUGUGAUGCAGAACGUUUUGCAUAAUUGGACGGAUGAAGAUUGCUUAAAAAUCCUAAAGAACUGUCAAAAGGUAGUAUCCGAGAAGAAAGGAAAAGUCAUAAUUGUUGAAGUAAUUCUUCGCCCUGAACGACAUGAAAUGUUUGAUGAUACAGCCAUUGCUCUUGAUAUUUUGAUGAUGACAAAUACCAUCCGUGGCAAAGAGAGGACUGAGGAUGAGUGGAUGAAAUUGUUAAAGGAAGCUGCCUUUACUUCCUUCAACAUCAUUCCACUUCAAUCUGUUUUCUCUAUUAUUGAAGCCACAUCUUGAAGGAAUUUAUUAUACAUUAUACUGUAUUACUUCUUCCGUUUCUUUUUACUCGCUACACUUCUCAUUUCACGGACUCCUAGGCAAUUUUUGGAGAAGAGAGAGGUAGAGAGUAAAAAGAAAAGGGACCCAUGUGGGAGGAGAGAGAUAGAGAGAGUUUAUUGCCCAAAAAAAAAAAGUGUAGCAAGUAAUGUGAAACUUCCAAUAAUGGAAAG